GUGGCAGAAGGUGCAGAACCUCCUUCUUUCCACUACCUGCUCUGGAAACUGCUCAACGGCCAACUGGGGACAACUCAGCCUGAUACAGCAUGUGGGAGACCUCCCGAGCACACCAGUGACACCAGAUGCAGCUGCUGUAAGGAAGGAAGAGAGACGUUUUCUGAAGCUGGAAAGCUUUUUCAGAGGAAGAUGGAGACCCCACUUCUCUUAUUCCCCCAACUAAACAUUUCUGCUUCAAAGGAUAAAUCCUAUUACAAAGUCAUGAAAUCAACACUUAAAGAAGAGCCACAUAAAGCAAGCAAGCCUGGAGCUAAGCAGAAGAGAAAUAGGCUGAGCCUUCUCCUGCAGAAACCUGAAUUCCAUGAAGGUGAUCAUCUUGGUAAACCUGGAAACUUGACAAAAGCAGCAAGCAGUGUGUCUCCUGAAGAAGCAGUGAAAUGGGGAGAAUCUUUUGACAAACUGCUUUCUGAGAAAGCUGGCCUGGAUGCCUUUACAAAGUUUCUGAAAACUGAGUUCAGUGAGGAGAACAUCGAGUUCUGGAUCGCUUGCGAGGAUUACAAGAAAAGCAAAACUGCACAUGAACUUUUGCCAAAAGCUAAGGCCAUUUACGAAACAUUCAUACAGAAGGAUGCUCCAAAAGAGGUGAAUUUGGACUUUCAAACCAAAGAAGUCACGAGUCAGAAUAUUGGACAACCCAUCAUCACCACCUUUGAUGCAGCACAAAACACAGUCUACAGGCUGAUGGAGCAAGACAGUUACCCACGCUUCCUAAGAUCUGAUUCCUAUUUGAAUUUGGUUAAGGGGAGGAAUCCCAGUCGUCCUACCCUAAGGAGACGAUCACGGUCUUUUACUGUCAAUGAUUUCCAGGGUGUACGACCAGACUUUAGUGUUUGGUAACAGGGAAACCCUCAUACAUUCUUGCUACCUGUUUUAAAAUCCAAAUCCUUAGCAGGUGUAAAUGAGUGGAAAGCAAAGUUACAUGCACUUAUACUAGGUCGGAGUUCUCCAGCCAGUGAUUAAUCUCAUUGAGUAUAGAGAAGUAGACAAUGUGUUGGCAAGACAAAUCAUGUAAAAUUUUUAGACAGUAUUUUUUUUUAAACUCAAGUAAGAGCUGUAACUGUAUCUGGAGGAAAGAUCUGAGUUUCCUGCAUAAACAUGUAUAAAAUGCCUUUAGAUAAUAUCCACCAAGUGUUCUGGGGCUGUAUUAUUUAGGAUAGAGUUUCAUCACAGUUAGAAUCUCCACACUUACCCUUUGCACUUAUUUAUAUUUCUGCAAUAUUUCCUACACUAAGCACAGAGCUUCUGAAGUAUUUUCUCAUACUGCAAAACACAGAGGAACAUUAUUAGGUGUAAUGUGAAGCUACAUGGAAUUUUAACUACAGCCACUGCACAACUAAAAUAUAGCUAUUGCAUAUUUAAAGAGGAACAUAAGAAUAUGUAUUUAAUUUUGAGGGGUACAUUUUGUACUGUUUUCUUAUUACAUGUGUGUUCUCUGUAUUUAAUUUAUGCUGUACCAAUGAGCUUUGCCAUCAAAUACUUGUCUUCUGAUUUUUUGCAACCAGAUGAGCAGCAGCAAAGGGCCAAGAAUCCUCUUUUAACACAAUGUGUUUCAUUAAAUAUGAGGUCAUGAGUAUGUACAUAUAUAUAUAUAUAAAAUAUUUCUACUUUUAUUUGUAAAUAUUCCUAGUUUACCAACUUUGUCACUAAACUCUGUUCAAAUUUUUUUCACCUUUUAUUUUGAAAAAGGAUCUGGAAAUUAGCAGCUCAUGGACUCGGGGAGACUAACCUUCAGUUCUACCAUUCAUUAAAUUACUCUCUAUAGUUAUAGAGGAAGAAGGAGAAAUCUCCCCUUUUAUUUCUUUGCUACUGAAGCCACUCAUGCCUUUUCCAUAGUAUACGCAGCUGUCCUGGCCUUUUCUUCCAGAACUGAUGCAGAUGUGAAGCAUGGGGCAAUUCUUCAAAUCUUAAACAUUGGGUUCAGUUUAGCAAGUGCUGGAGUAUUUAGUUGUAACUACGGCUUGUACGUUCUGUCACUCUGCAUGGAAUUUAAGCUUUCUCUCUUUUCUUCCCUUCCUCUCUUUAAGUGGAAAAAGUGAAGAGGUGCAAUUACUAAAGGUGGGACUUUAUGUUCAUUACUAAUGUGGGGCAUGUGUGAACUGCCUGAUCUGAGGGUUUCCACGUCUGCUUUACUAACUUUCAAUAAACCUGAAGUGGUCUACUUA